UCUCUCUCUCUCUCUCUCUCCCUCCCUCCCUCUCUCUCAUGAUGACAUGAUGUUGCUCUGCCGUUAAUUGGUUGGUGGUUUUUGGAUGCGUUUAGGAAACUUGGUUCAACUCUCUCUUUCAACUUCCCCUUUGAUACGACUUCCUUUUGUAAUCAUCUCAAAACCUCUUUCCCUCUCUCUUAUACUUUCUGCGCAUGCUUUGGGUUUCUCUGGAAAGCAAAACACCAAAAAGGAAAUGAAGCCUUUCAAUUCCGCUUCUGUACUGUCAGAUCUAAAGAAUAGGUCGUGCCUCUGCAGUUUCUUAAUUACAGCAUCUUUGAUUUGUGGUGCUUACUUCGUUGGUAAUGCCCUUGUUGCAAAGGAAUACAAAGAAAGAUUAACCAGAUGGGGAGUGAUUCCUGCUAUGCAGAAUAAAUCUAAGGCGUGCAAGAAUCGUUGUGGGCCUUCAGGGAGUGAUGCAUUACCUGAAGGAAUUGUUGUCAAAACAUCUAACUUGGAGAUGCGACCAUUAUGGGGUUCUACUCCAGAAAACAACAAUGCAAAGCCUUCUAUUAACUUGUUAGCCAUUGCCGUUGGAAUCAAGCAAAAAGACUUGGUGAAUGAAAUUGUGAAAAAGUUUCCCUCGAGUAAUUUCAUUGUGAUGCUUUUUCAUUAUGAUGGUGUUGUGGAUGAAUGGAAAGAUUUAGAAUGGAGUGAUCGUGCCAUGCAUGUGUCUGCAAAGAAUCAGACAAAGUGGUGGUUUGCCAAGCGUUUCUUGCAUCCAGAUAUAGUUGCUGAAUAUGAUUAUCUAUUUCUUUGGGAUGAGGACCUUGGGGUUGAGAAUUUUGACCCAAAACGAUAUUUAUCUAUUGUUCAAGAGGAGGGUCUUGAGAUAUCGCAGCCAGCACUUGAUCCUGUAAAGUCAGAGUUGCAUCAUCCAAUUACUGUACGUAGACAUAAAUCAAGGGUGCACAGGAGGUAUUAUAAGUUUAGAGGCAGUGGAAGAUGUGAUGCCCAGAGCACCAAUCCUCCUUGCGUAGGUUGGGUGGAAAUGAUGGCACCUGUGUUCUCAAGGGCAGCUUGGCGGUGUGCAUGGUAUAUGAUACAGAAUGACUUGAUCCAUGCAUGGGGCCUCGAUAAGGAGCUCGGCUAUUGUGCCCAGGGUGAUCGAACGAAAAAUGUUGGUGUUGUUGAUUCCGAAUACAUAGUUCAUUUGGGUCUUCCCACACUUGGUGGCUCGAAUGGUUACAAGUUGGGCAAUGAUUCCGUGGCUGCUCCUCCAAUGGAGAACUUGAGCUCAGAAACACGGGUAUCAUCUGACUCCCACACCAUUGAUCCUAGAUCUCUUGUGAGGUGGCAGUCUUACGUUGAAAUGAAAAUAUUUAAGGAAAGGUGGAGUAAUGCAACAAAGGAGGACAAAUGUUGGGUUGAUCCAUAUGGAAAACCGGUGAACCAAAUCAGGAAUUGAUUUAGUAAUCAAACAGACGUUACCAACAUCAACUUGCAUACAAAUUCAAUUCUGUGAUUCUUACUUCUUUCUGCAAAAGAUGUGGAUACGGACUAUAUAUUGACAAGUAUUUUGGGCUUACAAGGAAGGAGCGAGCUUUGAGUCAGUAAAAGCGUUUCAUUCAUCUGUUUCACAUGGCCAGGCCAGCAGGAGUUACCCAUUUCUGCUGUCCAGUUUUGCUUGUAUCAUUCAUUUAUACACCUCUUGCAGAAUGAGAUAGGGAAGGAAGAUCCAUCUGGCAUGGAAUUUUUGCAAUAAUUGUUGAUAUAUCAAAAUAACAAUUGUAAAUUAUAUUUAUUUUGUGU